AUGGAGACAAAGAACUUUGUUACUUCAUCAAGAUGCCCAAGGGAAGAUGAUCUAUACUGUACCUUUGCUCUUGGAUUGUGUGGUUUCAAACAAGAAGAAGUGCAAGAUAAUAUUGACUGGAUUUGGCAUGAUGCAAGAGGUAAUGACGAUUCUUACCUGCCUCAGGAAUCCAAAGCACAUGAUUAUUACAUCUACCUCAAUACUUCGGCUCCAAAGGGGUCGCAUGGAGUGAUCUAUACAAGUGAAUACCGCCUGUCACAGCCAUACUGCUUGACCUUUCAAGUUCAUAUGCAUUCUUUGGUUGGCCAGAAUGGUGCUCUGAAUGUUUUUAAUGUAGGUGAAGGGAAUAUUGAUAAUGGAGAACUGCUUCUGCAUAUUAAAAAAGAUUUUGGACCAGAUUGGGUCACAAUACAGCUUGACAUGGAGCCAUCAAUGAAGCCUUUUCAUCUAGCUUUCCAAGGCACCAUUGGUGAUCAGACAAAUAACGUUUUCUCAACUUUUGCUUUGGAUAAUGUAAAAUUGACUCCGGGUAUGUGUAACUCACCUGCAUCAUGCACAUUUGAUGAUGGACUGUGUUCUUGGUACUCUAAUGAGAACAUGGGUGAUAUAGAGUGGCAAAUUGCAGGUCCAGGAGAAGCAUCCCUUGACACCAGACCUUAUUCAGAUUCUACUCAAAGAAAUAACUUGGUAAGAGCUUUAAUUAUGUAUGUAAUACAGUGGAACUUAGGUUUUCGCAUGUUCCAGUUAUUGGACAGUUCGGUUUUAGAACUGUUUUUUGUGCGAAAUUUUGUUCUGGAUAUCAGACCUGGUUCCAGACAUCGGACGUAUCAGACACUGCCACUCUGUGUCUCAGUCUGCCUCUGUCAGUAGUUGAGUGAGCAUUACUUCGCACGUUCCAAAACAUUUUGCAAUAAUCCAUUGUUUUUUGUGCUUGUUUAUUCAUUGUGACUAUGAAAUAAGCCACCAUGGGCCCAAAGAAAGUUCCUAGUGCCUGCCCUUUGAUAAAGAAGGCGAGAAACAUGAUGGAAUUGAAGGAAGAGAUUAUAGAAAAAUACAAAUGUAGCAUAGGUUUAGCCGAGCUUACCAGGAUGUAUGGGAAGUCGAAAUCAACAAUCUUUUCCAUCCUGGCAAAAAGAGUAGAAAUCAAGGAAAAACUGUUAGUGGGGGAUACUUUAUUUAUCAUUGUUUUGUCUAUGUAAAACUAUAUUUAUUUUUUAAAAAAUGAAUUUUUUUUGUGAAUAUUUUUGGGUGUCUGGAACGGAUUGUAUUUACAUUAUUUCUCAUGGGAAAAAUUUAUUCAGUUGUCGCACUUUU